AUGCCUCGAUUGGAAUUUCCCAACGGAACGAUGAAAUUUAAAUUUGAUAAAUCAUGUCCGUUCUAUGCUUCGGAUCGAAAGAUCUUUAAAUCACAAGCAAGUGAUCAAUUUACAGAGCUGUUUGAACGUUUCAAUAAUAUUGUUAUUCUUAAAAUUUCGGGAGUGGAAACAACCGAAUUACAAACAUUAAGAAGAGCCUUGUCCAAUCAAGAUUCUGAGCUAUAUUCAGAGUUAUAUGUUGGGAAGCACUCUCUUUCUCGAGUCUCUAUUGAUGGAUUGAUACGGAAUUUAAAAACGAAAAUUCAGAAUUCUAUCAGCUCUGUAACCAAACAGUCAUCACAGAGUCGUGAUCAAGAACUUGUGAAGGCUCUUACACAAUUUAAAGAAUUAUUGGUUGGAGAAAUUGCACUAUUAUUUACAAAUUGUGAGAAUUAUUAUACUUUGUGUAAUGAGAUAUCAAAACAUGUGUCUUUAAAAAAAGCCAAAGUUGGAUCUAUCAUAAAGGAAAAUGUAUUUUUCGAAGGAGAGACAGGAGCGCUACCAUAUAUGACCUAUAUUUUUCUCAAUAAUAACAUUACUACCAGAAUUAGAAGAGGACAAGUUGUAUUAUUGGAAAGGCAGCAAAUUCUCACAGCUGGAGAGGUGUGCACUGCUGAAAAAGUCAGACUGUUGGAUUUGUUAAAAUGGAAAGUCAUUCAAGAACGAUGUGAACCUUUGUAUUUAUUUAGUAAGAUGGAUGCAUGUAUUUUAUCUAAUGAAGUAUUAGAGCGUGAUUAUUUUGAGAAUUGUGUGGAGGCUGCCAAUCAAAUGACAGCUCUGUCAAUGGAAUGUUCACUCGUGAAUGAGCUCACCAUCAUUGCUGAUAUUAAGAAGGGAAUAUUGGAUUUGGUAGCACUGGACACAGAAACACAAUGUGAAAUGCGUUACAAGAUACGCAAAGUGAUGCCACCACCCGUUAUUGAUAACCAUUGUUAUCCUUCAGAUUCCUCCAGCGAAUCCUCUGAAUUUAACGACCUGUUCGAUUUAUUUUUUUAA